UAAUGUUAACAUACUCGUUCAGUAUGAAAUGUAAGUAACACCGUUUCCUUUUGAUAUUUUAAACAUUUGUGACGUUUAUUAUAAGUACGAAAGUAUGUCUAGUUGUGUUUUAAAGGCUGUAAACAAACAUUGAAUAAUUUGAAUGCAGAUAUAUUUCAUAUUGAGCCUCUUAUAAUACGUGACUAGUACAUCAAAACAUAACGAUGGAUAGUGAUAUGAUUUAUGAUUUCCCGUGUACAAGUUGCCAGGAAAAUUAAAUAAACUCGGAGUCCGUGAGUUUCUGCAAACAAUGUAAAAAAAUGUUUUGUGCUGUCUGUGUUAAAAUGCAUGACCGUAUUCUUAAGGAGCACAGUGUCCUUGACAAAAGCCGCCAACAUUUGUGGAGCAAAGAAAAUGCCGAUGGUUACGACACCAUCGGGUUUGUUCAAAACAAUAUUCUAGACGAAAGUCAACAGAAAUCAUCUACACAAGAGAAAGACAGUACUUACGUCAACAGCGCGUCUUUUCGAGGCAAUAUGCUUGACGAAAGCCAUCAUAUAACAGAGGAGAAUGACAGUACUUACGUCAACAGCGCGUCCGUCCGGGGCAAUAUGCUAGACAGAAGUCAAUAUCUGUCAUGGAACAAAGAAAGUGGCGGUGUGCACGGAUUUGCUGACUGUCCUACAACGGAGAGCACCAGGAAGGAAAUGGACCGUGAUCGUCCUAAGCUUACUCCAGCGAAGGAAAUUUUUGGGAAUGUCCUCGACAGCCCUUUAUCAAAAUUAUGCGGAAUAGUUGGGAAAACGUCCUUGUACUUCGACGACGAAGGCGUUCGUUUACUACAUACAGACAGAAAAACAUAUGUGAAAAUUCCUUUAAAUAUGAUUAGAAGAUACGGUAUAGAAGGAUGUAUAUUCUAUAUUGAAGUUGGUAGGGGCUUCUGCUUUGGAGAGGGAUUUAUACAUACAAAGUGUUAUUCACGUACAGAUGCGAAAUUGGCGAACACUUACAUGAUUGAAACUAUUAGCAAAAGAAAAAAGACUGUGCACAAAUGUGUAUAAUUUAGACGAACGCAUUUUCUUAAUGGACAUGAAUAUUAAUUAUAAUAGAAUGUCAUGAAAUUGAACCUGUCUUCAAACAUAUGCAUCCAUUAAAGAUGCUGAAAACCGCAGUUUUAUAUCGAGCUCUCAAAGACCUGUUUUCAUGUUUGGUUUGUUAUUUAUAAGAUAUUCGAUAAUAUAA